AUGUCUGACGUUGAGGACGAGUACGAAGACGAGGAGGAGAUCGAGGAGGACGAGCCAGUCGCCGAUGAGAACCAAGAGCCAGAGGCUGAGCCAGAGGCUGAAGAAGAGGCUCCGGCUCCGGCCGCCGCCGCUUCUCCAAGAGCCGCUGCUCCACCAGCGUCGAUCAAGUCUCCGACGCCAGGAAGACAAGUCAACUUCACUCCAAGCAUUCCACAGAGUGUUUUGAGAAAGCAACAGAACUACUCGUCUGGAAAGCCAUCAACCAUCCACACAAAGGAAAAGUUGAUGAGAUCCGAGGGAAUCAUCCCAAUUCAAGCUGGAUCCAACAAGUAUGCUUCCCAAAAGGGAAUGACCGGAUUCGGAGUUCCCCGUGACGUCAUUGACAAGAUCAAGUCUGAGAAUUUGGCCGAGAUUACUGAUGAGAAGAAGAUCGCCAACCUCAAGGGAUCCACCUGGUUGCAAUCCGGAACAAACAAGUUCGCUUCCCAAAAAGGACAGACCGGAUUCGGAGCUGUCCGUGAUGUUAACUACAAGACCAAGGGAACCGGAGGAGCUUCAGAAGUUCCAGAAGAGAAGGCUCGUGCUUCCGAUGGAAUCGUUCCACUUCAGUCUGGAACCAACAAGCUUGCCUCCCAAGCUGGAAUGACCGGAAUCGGAAUGCCACGUAUUGUUGAUGUGAGACGGACAAACGACCAGGAUCGUGAUUCCCAAGGAUUCAUCCACCUCCAAAUGGGAACCAACAAGUUUGCCAACCAAGCUGGAAUGACCGGAUUUGGAAUGCCACGUCACAACAUCACCAAGUACAAGGACGAAGUUCGCGGAGACAUGCCACACGACGAGGGAACCCUCUCCAGACAGACCUCUGGAUGGAAGGAGGGAGCUUCGCAAGCCGGUAUGACCGGAUUCGGAGCCUUCCGUAACAACACCGUUGCCUUCAUGCAAGCCCAAGACCAGAGAUCACAAGGAAUGAUCCCAUACCAGAUGGGAGUCAACUUCCUUGAAUCUCAAGCAGGAAAGACUGGAUUCGGACAGCCAAGACAGGUGUACACUCCAUUCACUGACGAUUCUCAUGAGGAUCUGCCAGCUGAUAUCGCCCGCCGACCGGAUGUUCCAUUCUGGACUGGACAGAAGGAGGCCGAACAUGCUAACCAGACCGGUAUGACUGCCUUUGGUACUCCACGUGACGUUCGCGGAGAGUAUGUCCGCCGCAUGUGGUAA